GCUCCAUCAGUCUCCCUGCCAGGUUUCGGUUGCCUGUGGACGCACGGCCGCCACGCAGCCACCAUACCCUGGGCCGCUGCUGGGGCAUCGCAGGGGGCGGGGUCCGCAACCGGAUCUUCACCACACCCACCACUUCCCAUCUCACGCCCCCCAGGUCACUUAGACCCCAGCUGGCUGCGACGUGGUCCUGACGCCCCCUCCCAGAGUUCCUUGCCGUGCUCGCUGCUCUCCCUGCGCCGUCCUGCGGGCAGGGUUGUGGGGCCAGAAUCGGCGUCCCCGUCGCCUCGGGGACCCAGAGUGGGUCACGUAAUCGUAGGUGGGAGGCAGAUGGGGGCGCAGGAGAGGGGGCUCCAGGCUCUUAGAACAGCCUAGCCAUUUCUCCUUUCAUGGGUCAUGCUUUCGGUGUCGUGUUUAAAAGCCAAGCCUCAGCUCACCUAGGUUUACCCUCACGGUAUCGUAUAGGAGUUCUGUGGCUGUGCGUUUUGCCUGUAGGUUCGUGGUUUCUUUCUGGUUACUUCUUGUGGAGGGAGUGAGGUCUGCAUCUACAUUCAUUUCUCCGUGUGCAGACAUCCAGCUGCCCCACCCCGUCUGCUGCAGGGCUGCCUCUGUCUGCUGAGCCGUCUUUGUUGAUUCGUCCGAGGCCAGCGGCCGCUCCGCUCCGUCCCACGCUCUCCCCGUCUGCUCUCUCAGUGGCACCGCAGUGUCUUGACAGCUGCGUCUUCGUGAGAGUCAGUCCUGAACCACGUGGCAUCGGGCCUCCAGCCUCGUUCUCCUCCUUCAGUGAUGUGCUGGCCACUCUGAGGGGUUUGCACUUGACUUCUGUCUGCUCUGUGCUGACGUACAGCCAUACCCUCAUCCUGCAGCCUUCCUGUAGCUGCUGUGUUAGUUCCAGGGUUGCCGUCGCUGUCGUUGAUUCUUUUGGAUUUUCUACAUAGACGAUCACAUCACCUUUGAACAAAGGCAGUUUUAUGUCUUCCUUCUCGAUCUGUACCCUUUCCUUUUCUUGUCUUAUUGCAUUAGCCGGGGCUUCUAGUAUGGUGUUGAAGAGCGGGGAUGAGAGGGCAUAUCCUUGCCUUGCCCCUGAUCUUAGCAGGAAAGCCGCAAGCUUCUCACCAUGGGUGUGAUGUUAUUUAGCUUUAGGGUUUUUUUGUGGAUGUUCUUUUUUAAGUUGACAAAGUUCACCUCUGUUGUUAUUUUUGUGCUGAAAACCUUUAUUGUGAAUGGGUAUUGGGUUUUGUUAAAGCUGCUUUUGCAUUGUGUGAUUUUCUUCUUUGGCCUGUUGAGGGGACAGAGUACAGAGGUUGAUGUACUUCCACGCCCGGGGUAAAUCCCACCUGGCCCUGGGGUAUAGCUCCUAUUUUGUUGAGGUUAUUUGCAGCCAAGAGGGAUGCUGGUCUGUAGUUUUCCUUUCUCGUGACGCCUGGCUUUGGCAUCGGGGUGGUGUGGCUUCGUGGCGUGAGCUCGGCCGUGCCCUCUCUGCUUCCGCUCUGCUGUUCUUGGACCAGGAGUUGCACAUCUACAGGCUGGGCCCAGCUCCGCUCCCCUUUUUCCUGGUGGGAUUUCUUGCAGGACUCUCUCCCCUCGGUGAAAAACGAGGGGCGUAUCCUCUGUCCUCCUGCGUCCCUCCUGCACCUCAAGUCCUCUGCUGUUCGUUGCUCAGGCUGAGGGCAGUCAGUCCAGUUGGUUUCUGUUUCCAGGAAACUUCUUCCUGCCCAGUCCCUAGAUCCACCGGCAUGCUGCUAAGAGUUCCUGGGUGGUUUACCGUUUUCCUAAGACCUCAUGACGUCCUAAAACAUAGGUUUUUAAAUUUAAGAAGUGCCUCCUGCUUCUGGUGAGAGGGCCAAGCAGUUCAAGCCCAUAGCACAGAAGUCUGCAUUGACAUAGGUCCCAGGGAUGCCCCGAUGGAUCCGCGGGCAGCCUUCGCUGCUUUAUCCGGAGUGUGGUUCUAGCUGCUGGUACAAUCCCCGCUGCUGGAGGGAGAGGCGGGGGUGAGGUUGGUGGGCUGCCCGCCCCGGCGGGUCACCUCUCCUUCCUUCCUCCCCUCGUCACCUUUGGGCGGCAGCGCCUGGCCUGGUGGGUGUUUGGGGGUCAGUGGCACGUCAGCUGGCUCCUUGGCGGGGCUCCCUGUGUGUGAACCUUCUCGCUCUUUGGCCUCGUGAGGUCCAGGGCGCUUGUCAGUUGCCCUUGCUCUGCGGCCUCGCGAGGUGGCUGCGAGCAGAACUCGGCUCAGAGGACUCCUGGUCGCGGCCUUGGCGGCCGUGUCCGGAGCGGCAGCCAGCUGUGCCUCUGGCGUCCACGUGGCCCUGCUCCAGGAGGGUGUGGCGACAGUCCCUGCCCAACGCCUGGAUUUGGCAGGAGCUUGCCGGCUGGGUCUGGAAAGGUGCCCCCACUGCGGCUCUCUGUGGCUGGGAGCAGGUGCCCUGGUUGGCGGGCAGGGUCCUGCCUCUGUCACUUAGUAACUGAGCAGGGGAACGAAGCCAGCAGGAGCCUCCGAGCCCAGCGUGUUUCCUGGCGCCCGAGCCGCCUCUUCGGUCCCUGCCCGGCCCUGCAGCCCACAGCUCUCCUCCCGUCGGAGCCCUUGGGCCCUCCCUAAGCCCGGCUUCUGCCUGCGUCUGUCACACCUCAGGGCACCCCCUCCGCCUGGCGACAGCCGGGUGACCCCGUGCUGCCGGCCCCUGGCAGUGGGCCUGGCACACAGGUUUCGCGUGCCUGGGGCGGUGGCGGCCUCCCGGAAGUGCUGUGUGGGGAGGUACCCCCGGCCAGGUCCCCGGGCAGGCAGUGGCAGCCCCUGUGCCUAUGCGGGCUGGAGUCCGUUCUUUCUUAUCCCCGCGUGCGUUUCUCCACACUGGAGGUGUUGGUUAUCUUGGGGCCAGUCACGGGUCCUUGGUGGGGGGCGACAUCUUCCUGCCACGGUUAACUCGGGCACAUUGGCCCCAGCGACACAGAGCCGACUCGGCCAGUCUGUGUCAAGAGGCGAAUGGCGGCGGGGCCGGGACAAUGGCUGUUUUCUUGCCUUGAACGUGAGGCCACAACAGAGCAGUGGCGCUGUGGCUUGAAACGGUGUGGCUUGGAUGGGUGAGCCCCCAUGGAGAGAGAAGCCACAUCAGGACAAGCCUGCGGGACCCCAGGACGCAGCAGACGUCGUCCUCACAUUGCAGUUUAUUCAGAGACAGGACGGAGCAAAACCAGCGGAGGGAAGAGGCGUCGGCUGGAGAGAGGAGAUUUCCUCUCGGAGGAGUGGAGAGAGCGGAUCGCCAACACGAGUGUUAUAUUUGUGAAUAACUUUGCCUUUGGUCCUGAGGUGGAUCACCAGCUGAAGGAGCGGUUCGCAAACAUGAAGGAAGGUGGCAGAAUUGUGUCCUCGAAGCCCUUUGCACCUCUGAACUUCAGAAUAAACAGUAGAAACUUGAGUGACAUCGGCACCAUCAUGCGCGUCGUGGAGCUGUCGCCGCUAAAAGGCUCGGUGUCGUGGACGGGGAAGCCGGUGUCUUACUACCUGCACACCAUCGACCGCACCAUACUUGAAAACUAUUUUUCUAGUCUGAAAAAUCCAAAACUCAGGGAGGAACAAGAGGCAGCUCGGCGCCGGCAGCAGCGGGAGAACAAGAGCAACACGACCACCCCCACCAAGGUGCCCGAGAGCAAGGCGGCCAUGCCCGCCGACACCCCCAUGGACUCUGGUGCUGAGGAAGAGAAAGCCGGGGCGACCGCUGUCAAGAAGCCGUCUCCCUCCAAGGCCCGGAAGAAGAAGCUGAACAAGAAGGGCCGGAAGAUGGCUGGCCGGAAGCGCGGACGUCCCAAGAAGAUGAGCACCGCCAACCCCGAGCGCAAGCCCAAGAAGACCCAGAGCGCACUGGACCUGCUGCACGCCCAGACCGUGUCGCGGGCGGCGUCACCCUCGCCGCAGGGCGCCCCCUACCAGCUACCUCCCAGCACGCAGCGGCGCCCCCCUGAGCAGCUGCUGCUGGCGCCUGCCCCGCCCGCCCUGCACAGGCUGCUAGAAUCCUUCAAGAUUCAGUACCUACAGUUCCUGGCAUACACAAAGACCCCUCAGUACAAGGCCAACCUGCAGCAGCUGCUGGACCAGGAGAAGGAGAAGAACGCCCGGUUGGUGGGCGCCGUGCAGCAGCUGUUCGGCCACUGCCAAGCUCAGAAGGAGGAGGUCAAGAGGCUUUUCCAGCAGAAACUGGAUGAGCUGGGAGUGAAGGCGCUGACCUACAACGACCUGAUCCAAGCGCAGAAGGAGAUCUCGGCUCACAACCAGCAGCUGAGGGAGCAGACGGAGCAGCUGGAAAAGGGCAACCGGGAGCUGAGGAGCCAGAGCCUGCGGCUGCUCCAGGCACGGUGCGAGGAGCUGAAGCUGGACUGGCCCACGCUGUCCCUGGAGGGCCUGCUGAAGGAGAAGCAGGCCCUGAAGAGCCAGAUCUCGGAGAAGCAGAGGCACUGCCUGGAGCUGCAGAUCAGCAUCGUGGAGCUGGAGAAGAGCCAGCGGCAGCAGGAGCUCCUGCAGCUCAAGUCCUGCGUGCCGCCCGACGACGCCUUGUCCCUGCACGUGCGCGGGAAGGGUGGCCUGGGCCGAGAGCAGGAGGCUGAGCCCGGCCGGCCACACCUGGAGCUGGACUGCGCCAGGUUCUCCCUGCCCCACUUGAGCAACAUGAGCCCAGAGCUGUCCAUGAACGGCCACGCGGCCGGCUACGAGCUCUGCGGCGCGCUGAGCCGGCCCUCGCCCAAGCAGAACACCCCCCAGUACCUGGCCUCCCCCCUGGACCAGGAGGUCGUGCCCUGCACCCCGAACCACAGUGGCCGGCCGAGGCUCGAGAAGUUGUCCGGCCUGGCCCUGCCCGACUACACCAGGCUCUCCCCUGCCAAGCUGGUGCUGCGGCGCCACCUGAGCCAGGACCACACAGCCAACAGCAGGGCGACCGCCAGCGAGCUGCACCCACGAGCUGAGCAUGCCAAGGAGAACGGCCUCCCGUACCAGAGCCCCGGCAUCGCCAAUGGCAUCAAACUGAGCCCGCAGGACCCUCGGCCCUCGUCCCCUGCGGCCUUGCAGAUGACGGGAGAGAAGGGCAGUGAGAAGCGGGAGCAGGCCGGCCCGGUGGUGUGUCUGCAGGGUUGGAAGGAGCGCUCCUACGCCAGCAGCGGGGAGGCCAUCACCAGCCUGCCCGUCAGCAUCCCGCUCAGCACCGUGCAGCCCAGCAAGCUGCCAGUCAGCAUCCCUCUGGCCAGCGUGGUGCUGCCCAGCCGCGCCGAGAAGGUGAGAAGCACCCCCAGCCCCGUGCCGCAGGCCCGAGAGCCCUCGUCCACGCUGGAGAAGCAGAUGGGUGCUGGCGCCCACGGCUCCGGGGGCAGCGCUGCUGGGAGCAGAAGCCUCGCCCUGGCCCCCGCGGGCUUCGCCUACGCCGGCUCGGUGGCCAUCAGCGGGGCCCUGGCAGGCAGCCCGGCACCACUCGUCUCUGGAGCCGAGCCCCCCGCCCUGGAUGAGUCCUCCAGCUCCGGAAGCCUCUUCGCCACUGUGGGGUCCCGCAGCUCCACCCCUCAGCACCCCUCCCUGCUGGCGCAGCCCCGCAACUGCGGCUCGGCCUCGCCCGCCCCCCAGCUCUGCGCCAGUCCCCGGCUCGGCGCCCAGGGCCCGCUCCCCGACGCCAGCAAAGGAGACCUGCCCUCUGAGGCCGGCUUCUCGGAUCCCGAGAGUGAAGCCAAGAGAAGGAUCGUCUUCACCAUCUCGGCCGGCUCCAGCAGCGCCAAGCAGUCGCCUUCCAGCAAGCACAGCCCUCUGUCCUCGGGCGCCCGCGGUGACGGCGGCCAGAGCCACGGGCAGGACAGCCGCAAGAGGGGCAGGAGGAAGCGGGCCGCGGCCGGGACCCCCGGCCUCAGCUCGGGCGUGUCCCCCAAGCGCCGGGCCCUGCCGUCCGUCGCCGGCCUCUUCACCCAGUCUUCAGGGUCCCCCCUGAACCUCAACUCCAUGGUCAGCAACAUCAACCAGCCCUUGGAAAUCACGGCCAUCUCAUCCCCUGAGAGCUCCCUGAAGAGCUCGCCUGUCCCUUACCAGGACAACGACCAGCCGCCCGUGCUCAAGAAGGAGAAGCCCCUGAGCCAGACCAACGGGGCCCACUAUUCCCCGCUGACCUCGGAUGAGGAGCAGGGCUCUGAGGACGAGCCUGGCAGUGCCAGAAUUGAAAGAAAAAUUGCAACAAUCUCCUUAGAAAGCAAAUCUCCUCCGAAAACCUUGGAAAAUGGUGGCGGCCUGGCGGGAAGGAAGGUGCCGGCCAGUGAGCCGGUCAACAGCAGCAAGUGGAAGUCCACCUUCUCGCCCAUCUCCGACCUCGGCCUGGCCAAGGCAGCCGACAGCCCGCUGCAGGCCGCCUCCGCUCUGAGCCACAACUCCCUGUUCGCUUUCCGGCCCGGCCUGGAGGAACCUGGCGCGGCUGACGCCAAGCUGGCUGCCCACCCCAGGAAGAGCUUCCCAGGCGCGCUGCCGGGAGCGGGCGGGCUGAGCCCCAGCAGCCAUCCCGCCAGCGGCUUCGCCCUGGGCGGGGGCCUGGCAGCCGACCUCAGUUUACACAGCUUCAGCGAUGGUGCUUCUCUCUCCCACAAGGCCCCCGAGGCGGCCGGCCUGGGCGCCCCCCUGAGCUUUCCCGGCCCGCGGGGCAAGGAGGGCGGCGCCGCAGAGCCCGGCCCCUUCGUGAACAAGAGGCAGCUGGACGGACUGGCCCCAAAGGGCGAGGGUGGCCCGCCUGUGUGCGGGCCCGCGGACAAGGCCUCAGCGACGCACGGCAAGGCGGGCAAGGGCCGUGACCGCGAGCCCGACGUCAAGAACGGCCACAACCUCUUCAUGGCCGCCGCUGCUGCUGCCGCCGCCGCCGCCGCCGCGCCCCCCGGGGGCCUCCUCAGCGGCCCGGGCCUUGCCCCGGCGGCGUCCUCGGCAGGGGGCACGGCCCCGUCCGCCCAGACCCACCGCCCCUUCCUGGGCGCCUUCGCCCCCGGCCCGCAGUUCGCGCUGGGCCCCAUGUCCCUGCAGGCCAACCUGGGCCCGUCCGUGCUGCAGUCCCUGUUCAGCUCCGUGCCCGCCGCCGGCCUGGUGCACGUCUCAACCGCUGCCACCAGACUGACCAACUCGCACGCCAUGGGCAGCUUCUCCUCCGGGGUGGCCGGCGGUGCAGUCGGAGGUGCCUUUAACCACGCGGUGCCUCCCGCCUCCGCUCAUCCGUUUGGAGCCAGUUUCGGCAGUGGGGCUGCAUGUCGCAGCGCCACGCUGAGCCUAACCCCGCUGCAGGCGGUGGCCAGCACCCCGGCCUCUUCCUUUCAGGCCCCGUCCCCUGCGGAGCCGAGGCCGCCCCCGCCCCCUCCGCACCUGGGCCGGCCCCCUCUGGGGCAGCCCGCCCUCCACGCCCCCCCCCCUCCUAACGCCGCCUUGCCUCCGCCCCCCGCGCUGCUCCCGGCUAACUCUGAGCCCGUGCUCCUGCAGAACCUCGCGUCCCUCCCAGCUAACCAAGCUUUCUUACCUGCCUCCUCUGCUGCCUCUGUGCCGCCUGCUAACGCCUCUCUGUCCAUCAAGCUCGCCUCACUUCCGCACAAGGUGUCCCGCCCCUCCUUCACGGUGCACCACCCGCCCCUGCCCGGGCUGGCCCUGGCCCAGGCCGCGCCCGUGAUCCCGCAGGCCAGCUCCACGGGGCCGCCCGCCGUGUGGGUUUCCCUUGGCAUGCCACCUCCGUAUGCCGCGCGCCUUGCGGGGGUUAAGCCGCGAUAAAGACCUUGCUUAGCUAGCAGUUCGUAUUCUGUAAGGUAAGGCUAGAGCUCGACCAGGCGGCCCAUACGAGAACCUGAACUGACCUUCCUUUGCAGAGAGCAGGCGGGCCCGCGGGGCUCCAUGGAGGGGCCCGGGGGCCAAGGCUGCUCUCCUGCGGCCGGGAGUUGCGAAGGCAAAGAGCCAGGGAGGCAAGGGAACCCGGGCGGCGAGAGCAGAGCGAGGGAGGGUGUGGCUGCCCCCCCCCCACUUCCGCCGCUGCUGGUGGGCCCUCCCACCAGGUCACCGAGGGAGGGGGCCAGGAGGAGUCAGUCAGGGCUGGCGUCCUGGCCGGGUGGAGCCCAGCUCGAGCUUGCCGCCGCCCUAGGCUUGGCAUCUGCAGCAGCCGGGGACCUGGGCAGCCCUGGCAUGGGGUCAUGGGGGCAGCUCAGGAUCCCAGCUUGGCCUUGUGUGCGCUCGUGGGCCCCUCAGCCCGUUUCCAUAAACGCGCCUUAUGUAGGGUUUGGGGGGAGCUCAACGCGUUUAAGGCCCCAGGUACACGGCAGGCCUUCAGGACGUGGGGGUCACAUCUGUUGGCCUCCUUCGCUAGAGGGCCUGCCUGCAGGGGCCGAUGGGCAGCAGGGUGAGUGUGGCGCCAGCCCCACAGGCAGGAAUGCCGGGCGGGUGGUGGGGCUCUGUAGUUGUGGCCGAGGCCCGGCUCCUCCGGCCCCCGAGGCGCACGGCCUGGCCUGUGCCUUUCAGACCGUCCGUGUGGGGUCAGCGGAGACAAGCGUAGGAAGGGCCCGCUUUCGGGAGCUGGACGGGGCAGGUGCCUGCGAGGCCUCCAGGGAGGGUCCUGGGCUCCGGUGCAGCGGGCCCGGCCACUGCUGGUGCCGCGUCCACAUCCCCCUGGGGCCAGGACUGGAGCAGGGGGUCUGCCUGCCGUCCUUGGCUGUCUGUCGUGUUUUUAAGUGGAAACAGAUGGGAGGCCGCUGGAGUCGGACGGGCUCCUGGUCAGGGUGCAGGUCAGCAGACAGCCCUACCUGAGGCCUGGGGAUGGGCUGUGCCUCGGUUGUUGGAGAAGCCCAGAAGGUAGGGCGGCUCAGCCUGCAGUGGCCUCGCGCCGUCAGAGGAGCUUGGAGAGGGCAGACGUGGACGUGCACUGGGAGGUCUGCGGCCAGGCCCACGGUGGACGCUGCCUGCCUGCCAUCCUGGCCGCGCCGGCCUCACUCCUGGCGUGUGCAGGCUUGUCCUGGGGCGCUGCCCGCUGUGGGGACCGGGGGGGGUCUCCUGGGGAGGAGGGGAAGCCAGGACCCAGCCAGCGCCCCACACGCACUGGAAGGGCCCGGGGACAGGACCUCCUGCCUCUGAAGGGGCCCAGGGGCGUGGCUCAGGGUGCUGCCACCACCACGUCUGCUGUCUGUCGUCUGUCCAUCCGUCUGUAGGCGGCUCUGGCGCCCUGGCCUGGGGGUGCGACGGGCUCGUCUGGACACGAAGCUAACGCUAUGCUGCCUUUCCUCCCGCGCCGUGUCCGCAGGUAACUAGGAUUUCUACCUCAACCGCGAGACUAUGCAAGGAUGGGGCGGGCUGGCGGCGCGGGCCCCCCCGCAGGACGGCGAGGACGGACGGAGGCCAGAGGACAGGCUCUACUGUGAAUCAGCGCCGCGCAGAGCUGCGGAGACGGCGCGCUGGGGCCUGGCUCCAGCCUGUACUGUCGAUAGUUUUAGAUAAAGUAUUUAUCGUUUUUUAAAAAGUAUAAACAAUUUUGACUUAUUUUAUUCCACCGAAGUCGUGAAGGCAACCUAUCGAGAGAUGUAGAUACUAUACAUAUGAGAGAAUAUAUGUAAAGACAUCGCCGAAGGACCGGCCCACCGCGGAGACGCUGCCAGCUGGCCCGGUGCUAUCUCGUCGCCAGGCUCGCGCCUCCACGUGCUCUUGGUGCUGACUCUCGAGGUUGACCACGCCAACGCCAGGCCCUAGCGCCUGGCGUGUUGUUCAUUCCCGCCGCUCUUCCCAUACCAAAGGCGGCGUCUCCGGUGGAGGCCCGCCCCGCCAUCACUGUGAACGGCCUCGGCUCAGCCCUCGGGAUGGCGCCUUUGGCAUCGGAACGGCGGUCCUGCGCGGCAAGGCUGCGGUGGCGGAGCCUCGAGGAGGGGACCCGUUCUCAGUGGUGCUCGUGAGGAGGGUCUGGUACCCGACUCUGCUGCCUGCCUGGCUGGCUCACUCGCGUGACAGGUGCAUUUGUACGUCUCCGCCCGCCCCGGGCUCCCGCUGCAGCCCCCCGCUGCAGGGUCGGCUCCUGUGGCGGCCGGGGCCGCAGGCGGGUUAGCCGUGGGUGCCAGCUGUGUCUACAGGGGAGUCACGCUGACGGGUGACAGUAUUUUAUAGAGAGGUGAUGAAAAUUUAUAAAUUUCAUAGACGGACUUCAUUUAUUUUUAGACUGUAUGACGAAUACACAGUAAACUAAAGAGAAAAGGAAGAAAGGAAAGUGGGAGGAAACCCUCCCAUUUGUUCUAGUGCACAGCGGCGCUGGCCCAGGGCCCGCCUGCCCACCCCACUGGGGUGACGCCCGCCCCAUCUGAGCAGCCACGGUGGGUGCUUGGGAAGGGAUGCGCUGGGGGUGGCCGGGCAGGAGGGCUGCUCCCUGAGGCUCCGAGAUGGCCGGUAGGGCUCUUGGUCCCUCGAGCACAGCACCUGUGACCGGUCCUGGGCCCCUGGGUGGAGCAAUGUUGUCUGUGUGCCUCCCGAGAAGCUCUCGGUCCCCCGAAAGGGCCGACAUCGGCCAAAGGUGCUGACAGCGGGCCUGGACCCAAGGUUGGGUGCCCCAGCGAGGGCUGAGCGUGGGCAGUCGGAGCACCAUCCUCAGGUGCUUGCCCCCCAGGUGGCACCCAUCAAGGAGCGCGGGAGGGGGGGCCUCUGUGUGGCGGCCUAAUGUGAGCCUUCCCCGGCCUGGCCGACUCCACACACCCUCCGGAGGUGGACGCCACGGGCCCUCUGCCUGCCCGCGAGCAGGGUCAGUGUGGUGGCCGAGGCCCGGCUCCGCUUCCUGACCCCCGGGACGCAGGCCAUGAGGGUCAGAGCGGGCCAGUGCGCUACCUGCAGCCACCUCUACACCGUGCAGGGCAGCAAUCAGGCUAGAGACGGAGCCUUCCUCCUGUGACCGCCCACCCUGCCCCCUUCCCCCCAGGUCGGUGCUCUCGGUGCACGAUGGUGCUGUCCUGACCCCCGACCCCCGGCCUCUCCAAGAGGCUCCCCUCCCCGCGUCAGGAACACAGGGCUCCCGAGAAAGCUGCGGCGCCGCCAGCGGAGCCCCCAUCUGAACAAAGGACACUGUACAAAACACUGCGUCACUUCGGGAGAACGCCCGCGCCGCGUCUGUCCUCUGCACGCACACGCAGGCACCAGGGGACGGACGACCCGCGCGGGGUCUGCCCCACAGCGGGGCCCAGCUCGGCCUCUCCACACCCACCCUCCGGUCCCAGCCUGAGCGCCGCCGCUGCCGCCAGCCACAGGAGUAGGGCGCCGACUGGCGUGCGUGGAGGGCGGCCCCGCGGGAGCCCCACCGCUGCUGCCGACGCGGGCGCUCCAGGUCUGAGGGCUGCCGUCGCUUUGCUCAGGAAAACCUAACAACUAGGACAGCCUCCGGUCAGGGGAUGCGUCCUCUGUUCACCUAUGAAUUGUGACCUAUUUAAGAACCCCCCCCCCCACCCUUAUUUAUCCUGCCAGCCAGCCCGUCUACAGUUAGGACUGUUUGUUCUCAUUUACACAUCCAUCCACGCUGGCUCUCGCAUCCCUGCCUUGGUUUGUAACGCAGACGGGCUUUGCUUUCUUGUUCUGGUAGCCUGUGUUUCAGUUGGGGCGCUGGCUCCACCCCCUCUUCCCAAGGGAACCCCACUGCACUGCAUUUCCAUCUCUAGACGGUGUAAUAAAAUACCUGUUUUCACUUGAA